AAUCAUUUAUGCCAGGGAUCUCCCUUGUCAUGUCUGUAAGAAUUAGAUGAAGUAGAGACCAGCAGAUAGGGAAAAACAGAAAGAGUAAACUGGGAGGAAAAGAGAAGAACGUGUGAGGAGGGCCGAGUUGAAACAGGAAUGAAGUGUCCUCCUGCUCCUCAGAGUAAGUCUCUGUUAGACAUGGAAGUAGCCAACUAUUGUGAAGGCCUGGAUCCCUCAUACAGCACAUUGGGCUUUGAGAAUGCAGAGGUACUCUAUGGAGGAGGAGACAACAUGCCAACCGAGUCGAGCCUGCCCGGUCCAGACGGGGUCAGCAGUAACUGUGCCAUCUGUGGAGACAAAGCCACAGGGAAACACUAUGGAGCCUCCAGCUGUGACGGCUGUAAAGGCUUCUUCAGACGCUCCAUACGCAAGAGCCAUGUCUACACCUGCAGGUUCAGCAGACAGUGCAUUGUGGAUAAAGAUAAGAGGAACCAGUGUCGUUUCUGCAGACUUAACAAAUGCUUCAGGGCUGGCAUGAAAAAAGAAGCGGUACAGAACGAGAGAGAUCGGAUCAGCUCCCGAAGAAAUAUCCCUGACUCCCAAGACUUGCCACCUAUCACUAUUUUGGCUCAAGCAGAAUCAUUGUCCCAACAGAUCACUGUUCCACUUGGAAUAGCAGACAUAUCAGAGCAGAAGUCAGCUACUACUGGGGAUGUCUGUGAUUCUAUGAGACAACAGUUAUUGGUGUUGGUGGAAUGGGCCAAAUAUAUUCCUGCCUUUGGAGAACUGCCACUGGAUGACCAGGUGAGCUUGCUCAGGGCUCAUGCAGGUGAACACCUCUUGCUCGGGGUUGCCAAAAGGUCAAUGUCAUUCAAGGACUUCCUGCUUUUAGGUAAUGGCUGUGUGAUCCACAGGAACAGUCCUGAACCUGAGAUCUGUCGGGUAGCUAACCGAGUGCUGGACGAGCUGGUCCAGCCCUUCCAGGAUAUUCAAAUAGACGACAAUGAGUAUGCAGCACUCAAGGCCAUUGUCUUCUUUGAUCCAGAUGCAAAGUCUUUGCGGGACCCAUCAAAGAUCAAAACCAUGCGUCUGCAGGUCCAGAUGAGUCUGGAAGACUACAUUAAUGACCGUCAGUACGACUCCAGGGGUCGUUUUGGAGAGCUGUUACUUCUGCUGCCCACCCUGCAGAGCAUCACCUGGCAGAUGAUCGAACAGCUUCAGUUCAUUAAGCUCUGUGGCCUCGCCAAGAUAGACAACCUGCUGCAGGAGAUGCUGCUGGGAGGCCUUACAUCAGAGCCCACACACCUGCACCACCCAGCGCACACCCAGCUGGCCCAGGACCCUCUGACUGGACACACACUGGUCAUCAGCACCAUGCCUGUCACUCACACUCCGCUGAUAGCCUCUCCAGACACUCCCAUCCCAUCGCCCCCUCAAGGUCCUGCCCCAGAGAAGUACAAACACUUUCCCCAGCCGCUUUGUCCUCCAGCCAGUCCCUCGCCUUCCGCACAGAACGAUUCCUGACUUCUCCCUGCACUCUGUCAAAGGAGCUGGCACAGGAUCAGUUUCCUUGUCCCCUAAAUAUCAUCCCAGUCAUGUUAUAAAAAUUAUGAAAGCGAACCCUGUUCAGUGUCUGUGGUUAGACUUCACCCUGCUUCUUCCCCUUGUGACUCCCGGUGGGGUUGCAAUAACUAAAAUAUAAUUAAAGCUGCUAUGUGCAGCACUUUUGAACUCCAGUAUGUAACUUCAAAUUCAGUGAACUAAUGACACAGCAAACUAGGACUUAACAAAACAUGCUGUGCAUUUUUGUGGUCAGCUAAAACAAAUAUACUGGUUUUCAACUCAGGCACUAGCUCGGAGACAUGAUGCCAAUUCAAAUGUAAAACAAGAUAUUAGUCUUUUAUUUUUUUGUAAAAUAAUAUUAAACCUUUGUAUUGUUUUGAAUUAUCCAUUUCAUUGACUAAUCUCUUGCUUGAAUGAGCAUACUAUGCACAAAAUGCCCUCCGUCCUUAUGUACAGUCUAUCACAUAUCAAAUGGUGAGUUCUGUGUGUGCAAAUGUACAAAAUACCACCUAAUCAUAACUUGCAGAGUUGACAGUAUGAAUUGGAAAAACUCAUGGCUUGUCAACAAAUUACAGGCUUGUCAACAAAUUACAGCUGUAGAAAUAAAAUGUGUAAUUUGUUCAUAAAGUAAGCAUCAUCACACCUGUAAACUGACCUGAGAUUAGUUAUUGUGUUCUAAAGAACUUCAGAAAUAUUGUUGCGGAUUUUCAGGAUUUAGAUUUUUUUACUUGAGGGUCAAGUGUGUAACAUUUAGGAGGAUCUAUUAUGUUUUCAUUCCCAUUUGUUAAAUUAGCUGCAAUCUGCGACUUCACCACUAGAUGUCACUAAAUCCUACAUAGUGGUCCUUAAUAUACAUGUAUUCAGCAUGUAAAACAUAAUGUAAUGGGGUACAAUAGUUUGUGACCAAGAUCAACAUGAUAAUAAUAAUACUAUUUAAAUAUAUCUUGUAAAUGUAUCAUGUUAAAUGCAAAAAGGAAUGUGGAUAAAUUGUAAUAUUUUAAUAACUUACUGGGUACAGUUAGUUAGAUGACAGCUAAUAUUUGGAUCAUCAUUUUUAAAUUGUUUUGCUUUAUCCAACUUCUAAAAUCAACUGUGUAUUUUUUAUUUUGGUUUGUGUUGAUAUUGUGUACAUUUCCAAAUUUUUUAACAGUGAUACUGAUUAAAAUACUGUUCUGAAUAUA